GAAGCCGCUCCAUUUCCAUCAAUGGCGCCAAUUUUCCCGCCACAAAUCCCUAAACCGCGCCCCUACAAAAGUCGCGCCUCUUCCCUCACACACACACACACUCACACACUCAAAUCAAUCGAGCAGAAACAACGCCUUCGAUCAGAUCUCCACACACUGACACAACAAUCCGCCGCAGAAAUGGUUGUGCCACUAGGUCCAGGGAAGUUCUACGGCAGCAGCCUGCCGCGCCCGCGCUUCUACACCGACGUCAAGCUCAACUCCGAGAGGGUCGAUCCGCCGCCCUCCGUCACCGAUCCGCUCAUGUCGUGGGCGCAGGAGGCCCACUGGUCCAUGGGCGGCCUCAACGUCAAGCGCCACCGCCUCCAGGGGCGGAUUGAGGGCAGCGUCGAGAAGCUCCGGGCGCAGAAGGAGCAGAUCUUCAAGCGCACUCCGAUUCCGAAGAAAUCUGCCGCGAAAUUGACCGCGGAAGAGGAGAUCCACGUCGAGAUCGGUAGAUCCCCCUCCCCGCCGCGCGCUCCGGUGGCGAUUAAGCGGCGGCGAGUGGUCGGAUUGAUGGAUGAGGAUGAGGAGGAGGAGGAGGUUGUGGCGGUGAAGAGAGGUGCGGUGAGGAAAUUGGGGGAUGAUUUCGAGAGGGUGGCGAGGGAGAGCGUGAUGGCGAGCAGCUCCGGUGGAGAAAUUGGGGGUGGCGCUGCGGCGAGGACGAGGAGUAGGGUGAAUUUGAGCGGUGGUGGAGAGGGGGAGAAGAGGAAAUUGGUUAAGGGAGGGAGGAAGAUUGGGGGAGCGGUGGUGGCUGCUGCUGCCGGAAUUAGAAGCUCGCCACGGUUGUCGAAGAUGCGUUGAUUGGGUUUGGAGUGAAGGUGUUUGAUGAUUUGUCUCAGUGGAAUUAGGAUUAGAUUUUUUUCCUUUUUUAUUUCUUAUUUAAUGAAUUUCGAGUGUUUAGAUCUGCAAUUAGUAUCUGUAAUCUAACUUGGCUCUUUGUUUACUGGAUUGAGAAAUAGAAAAUUGAAAACGACGGUUUUGAUUUA